GGAUGGAUCACAGCUCCAGACUUGCAUUCACAUUGGGGUCACCUCUCUUUCGAAAUUGACACGAUCUCUGGCAAAAGUUUCCUGGACUUCGCAUGCGUCCCUAUUCUCUGUUUGCAUGUGUGCAUUUUUGGAAUCGAGAUGGUGCCCAUUAUGACAGCAUUAAAUGUUUUAUCGGCGUGCAUGCAAGCCUAGGAUUGUUCUUCAUCAUGCAUCUGGUAUUCGCUGUCAUGUUCAGAAGCUCUUCGUCUAUAAGGAUACUUAAUCAUUGUACUUAGCGUGUCGAGCAAAGAUCGCUCAUCCCUUUCAAGACAUGUGCAUCACUUCGAUGCACCAAGGCUGGUCGA